AUGGAAGAAAUACAACAACUUCUUGAGACGGCGGCUGACAACUUGUCCUCUGGAAACGUAAAGGAUGCUUACUUUUCAUAUAUAAGUGCACUCAACCUUGCUUCCAAAGAACUACAAAGCAUAAAGUUCAUAAAUAACGUUGUGACCUCGAAGCCCUCGUCAAUAAAUUCAGUAUUCACAAUAUCACGAAAGUGUCUAACCUAUGCCGAAGAUAUAAUUCUAAAACAUCAACCAUUAAGUCCGUCACGCAAAAAUCCAAAUUUAAAUAUUGCCAUUUAUCCGCCCACGCCACAAGAGGAGCACUCGUUUGAUCAAAUAACGGCACAAAAAGCUCCACGAAUACCUCCAAAGCCUGCUCGACGGUCAAUGACAAAAAGUAAGGAUGAUGAAGAAUUCUUAGUAACAUCCCCAAAAAACGAGACUUCAUUAUCGCCACAAUUUUCUAAACCACCAUUACCACCAAAACCUUCUCGGACAGGAAGUCUAAAAAAAUAUUUUAGAGACGUGGAGGUAUCAGGCAUGGGCAGAGAUGCACAAAUUCUUCCUCCGGAUAAAGAACUAGAGAACGUUUCCGAGGUAGAGAAUUUUGAUGUAGAUGCGUAUAGAAGGAAAUCAGAUGAAUCUUUAAAUAUAUCAACAGCACCAAUACUUCUUCGACGUUCAUCAUCCCCUAACCUUUCAGUCAAAACGAAUAGGCGAAUAUCUACAUUACCUGGUUCGCUUACUGAUUCCCCAACAGAUGAAGAAAAUUAUUCUUCUCACAUAAUAUCGCCAAGUUCGAGAUUUCACCUAUUUGCACCAUUUAGAAUGACACUCCACGACUCAAUAACGAAUCUGCUUCCGUUCGAACGUAGGCAUGACAUAAUUAGCGUAGUACCUGAAGGGGCCGUUGAUCCAAAUAAUUUAGUCGAAGCAAAUGUAUUAAAUGAAACAGAAAAUUCACAUUCACCCAAUUCCCCUUCUCAUAGUUAUUCAGAUCAUAUACCUCAAAUACCAGUUUCUCCUUUACUCACCCAGCAUUCACAGCUUGAACAAAAAAUUCAAUCAUUGGAGGUAAAGUUGACUGAGUAUCGCAAUAUACUGAAAGCUCGACGGGCAGGGGAAACAGAUCAUAGUGAAUUAUCUGAUGAUGAAAUUAACGACGCUCUUCUUAAAUACGGAGCAAGUUUAGCAAGUUCGAAGGAAGCGAUUACCCGAAAUAGAAAAUUAUAUUUCAAAGCUGCUGCAGAUCCGAAUAUAUUGGAUUUCGCACCUCAUAUGGUUGCUUACCAAUUGACAUUGAUUGAUUCUGCUAUAUUCCUGGAAAUUGACCCACUUUCCCUGCUCACGCAUUCUCCAAAACAUCCGGAUCCAAAAAUAACAGCAUCCACAGAUUUCUUUAAUUAUUUAACACGUGUUAUAGAAAGUUCUAUAUUGUCACCACAAGAAGCCUCGGCGCGUGCUCUAGUUAUUCAUUAUUGGGUUAAAGUAGCUAUAAAGUUGCAUGAAUUGCACAACUAUCAAACAUUAAAGGGCAUUCUAUCUGCCUUAGGUACACCACCAAUAAAGAGGUUAAAACGAACAUGGGCUUGUAUUCCCAAAAAAAGUAUGACGAAAUUGGAUUCAUUGAAUGAAUUGAUGAGUGAAUCAAGUAACUAUGGAAAAUAUCGUGAAACAUUGCAGCAAGAGAAAUUUACACGAAAACCAGUUAUACCAUUUUUAGGUCCCUUUAUCAUGGAUGCAACAUAUUUAUUGGCUGCAGUCCAAUCAUCAGGAUCGGUUACCCCAAAUAGUAGUACAUAUCAAAAUCCUAUCACACCUGGACUUGCUUCAUCAGGGAACUCAACUGUACAGGAUGAUCCGCGAGUUCAAGAAUUGUUGCAAUCCAUGAAAAGAUAUCAAACUGGACCUAAAUAUUCGUCAAAACCGCCUGCUUCAUACAUCAAAGCUUCAACGAAACAUCAUUUUCGAACUGCUAGCAUCAGUGCUGCGUUACAUCGUGGUGGAAAUAAACUGCAUCUGAGACAUGACGAAGAUAACGAAACUGUUGAAGAACAACAACAAUUUUUAACUCAUUAUUUAUUAACACGACAUUGGAUGCCUGAAAAGUUAGUUGACGAGUUAAGCAAGCUGCGCGAACCACAAAAACAUAAAAGCAUGAAUGGUUCCUCUAAUUCUCAACGAAAUAGUGCAAAUGGUGGAACAUGGAAUGGAAUUAGCAUCAUAUCAAAUUCGAGCAAUAAACUUCGGGAAAGUACCGGUAGUACAGCUGGUGGCAGUGGAACUAGUACAGGAGGGAAUGGCAGCACAAGUAGUGGAAGAGGAAGAACCAGUUCAACGAGUGGAAGUGGAGAAUCACGCCCAAACAGUUUGGGUGAAGGAUCUGAAGUCAAUUCAUCAUCAUCUAUCGUGACCAGGUUAGAAAAAGCAAUACCAAUGCUGGAAAAAGAUAGAGAGAAUGGUAAUGGAAGUGGCGGGACACGUGAUGAAAAAGAAAAGCGUCAUGAAAAAUCUAAAAAUGAAGAAUUUGAAAAAGAUAAUGAUAAAAUUGAAUUUAGCAAGGAGAAAGAAUCGAACAUUUCUAAUCCUAACGUGGAAGUAUUAACAAAUCCGGUAUCAACUAAACGUACAAGUUGGAAAACGGGUGCCAUGAGAGUAAUGUUUGGUGGAUCAGAGCCUGCGGCCGAGUUACCAAAAUCUCCGUCUUCCUCAGUGAAAACAAAUAACGAUAGCAAUCUUGCAUUAUCACCUUCACGAAGUUCAUCGGGGAAUGAAAGAGGAUCACCUAAAAGUCCUAAUAAAGCCCAUAUUCGUACAUUAUCUUCCGUCUCACCAAUAGUUAAACAAUUUCCUUUUUCUUCGGUGCCACCCGCCGCUCGUAGAUCAAUGGAUGAAUCAAGAUCAACUACUCCGCCACCAUUACUUCCAAAGCCUGCAGGAUUGCUGCACAGAAGUGCAAGUACAUCUUCCGUUAGUAGUCGUGGCUCUAAUUCUAGUAUAUCAAAUGGAAACCUCGCUUCCAUUAUUUUUGGUAGCACAUUGACUAGCCCGACUGCAUCAAUAAAUAUUAUCACGACUGGAACAAACACAAGAAAAGUUGCUGGUGAAGUGGUAGCAGCUAGUAGUGGAGGAACAUUGGAGAAAAAUCGAGAAUGA